UAGCUUUGGGGUCAUUCUCGAUUCUUUAUCGGUACACAAUUGAUUAGCUUUGUUCACAACCACCACCACUGAGACAUGGCACUCACACUGUUUCCAUUUGUUGUUACGGAUAGGUGAGUAUAUGCCCUGUUUAAGGUCGACUCUUGAAACUUCAAUUCUCAUGUAUUCUAUGAUUGUUCCCUCGAUUGUAGCUUUUAGCCGAAAAGGUCCCAGUGCUCGAUCAAGUUAUAUAGGCGAGUAUAAACAACGAGAGUUUACAGUGAAUGAAUUUUACAGAAUCUAUUGUAUUUGACAUCGGGUCAUUGCAUAAGCAUGGUAUAGACUUUCACACAACCCGCGUAGUAUUUUCUUCUGUGGCUUUUUCCCUUGUAAAUUUAAAAAAUAAUAUUUGAAUGACAAACGAUGUCGCUGAAACGAUAACUAUGCACUUUGUAUAUAGUAAAGUGACCUUUUUCUUUUUGAUCAUCAUACAUCCAUUAAAUUCACAAGGGAAGUUCAAGUACUUUGCAGUCAAGGUACAAGGUACAGGUAUCCCGUGAUUGAUUGAUUGUAUUGCGUGUAUACUAACUUGUUUUGGUUUACAAAUCUCAGACGCCUGUUCUUACCACAGGAGAUAGGAGUUUUGUUGUGAUCAGCUGGAUUUUAUCAUUGCUGGUUUAAGACUGCAUAUUAUAUCGAAUGAAGGUGCCAUUCUUCCACAUCAUUGCAUUUACAGAUCGACGAUCAGUGUGCCACUUACACCGCCUGCUGUACUGAGUAUACGAUCUUCAUAUCAGCAUACUGAAUAUUCGACAUGGAUAUGUUCGCUACGAUCGACGUUCUCAAUUCACGCACACUGCUGAUCGGCAUCGUGGUAUUUCUGGUUUUGUUCCGUUUUCUUCGUCGACCGCGCAACCUACCCCCAGGGCCAUGGGGCUGGCCUAUACUCGGCAACCUCCCUCAAAUGAUGUCGUCAGAGGGCACCAUGUUUGAGUUCUUUUCAAAGCUGACGAAAAGGUACGGCAAUAUUAUACAUGUCAAGGGUGGUGGCAUAUCUAUUGUAGUUCUCCAUGGCCACAACACAGUGAAAGAAGCAUUCUCGCAACAUCAACUCAGCGGCAAACCUGAGCUACACAUCACUGACAAGAUUUGUCCACACGGGAUAGGCAUUCUAGAUUCUUCUGGCGAACAGUGGGUAGAAAUCCGUCGUUUUUCGAUGACCGUGCUUCGAGGCCUUGGAGUUGGCAAAUCAAGCUUUGAGCAGACCAUAUCCACUGAGGCAGAAAUCCUCAUGGAGGAAAUCAGGAAACACAACGGCAAGGCCUUCGAUCCCAAACACGCGGUGGGUAAUGCCGUAUCCAACAUUAUCUGCUCGGUAGUGUUCGGCAAGAGAUUUCAGUACCAUGAUCCGGAAUUCCAACGCCUCUUGAAGGCUUUAUCGGACAACGUCGUCCAGGGAGGGUCCGGGGGCAUGAUUGAAAUGUCCCCCGUGUUUUACAAGCUAAGAAUGCUGCCCUUCGUGCGACGGUACAUUCACGCGGUCGAAAAUUUCUACAAUCACAUCUAUCGCCUCGCCAAGGAACACACUCACGAGAAAGAUACCGAUAACCCUCGUGAUUUCAUUGAUAUUUUCCUGAACGAAAAGGAGAAGAAAGAUAAACAGGGCAUUGAGUCCCUGGCGCUGCAGAGCGAGAACCUGCCGCGCAUUGUGAGCGACCUUUUCGCUGCUGGAUCGGAGACCACUGCCACCACGCUCCGUUGGGCGAUGCUUUACAUGAUGGCCUACCCUGAGGUACAGGCUCGGGUCCAGAAGGAGUUGGAUGACGCCACUAGUCGUAAUCGAAUGCCGAGAAUCGCUGACAAGCCUGAGCUGCCCUAUACCGAGGCAGUGCUUUGUGAGUUGCAGCGCAUUGGUACUAUCGUACCAAUGUCUGUACCGCACAUGUGUUCCGAGGAUACCACAUUGAUGGGGUACAACAUACCGAAGGGAACUUUGGUAUUCUCCAACUUGUGGCACAACCACUUUGAUCCAUCUGUGUGGGCGGAGCCCAAGAGCUUUCGCCCGGAGCGAUUUCUGGACAAAGAUGGAAAGUUUCAAUCGCGCGAGGAGCUCACGCCAUUUGGAGUAGGUCGCCGCAUUUGUAUUGGAGAGCAUCUUGCGAGGCAAGAGCUAUUCGUCCUUUUCACACACUUGCUGCACCACUUCACCUUGAAGAACCCCAACAAGACAACUCCGGUAUCCUUCGAAGGGAACGAUGGAAUUGUGUGGUCUCCGCAGGACUUCACCGUCUGCGCCAUUGCAAGAAAUUGAGAAGAUGGCCUUUGUGCGAAAUGCCCGCAUAUCCCCACCAAUUAUUGCAAUAUUGCAUGGGCACUACUGACCGCUUCAAUAUCGUUUUUAAUUAAAAAUUUAGGCUAGGUCACUUGCAAAAACAUUUGCAUGGAUAGGAAACUUGUGAGAGGCUUGGUGGCAGCACACCCAUCGGUACUUUCAGUUGUUCACGUCAUGUUUAAGUCAAUGUGCGCGCAUGUGCAAAAUGACGCAAACAAUAGCAAAAGACCGGUACGUUUGCUGCCACCAGAAAAAAAAAGUAUCUCAAAAGUCUCCAAUAAGCCCUCGGAUGAGGGUGCUGUGGAGUUACCAUUGACAGUGGUGCGAACACACGUAUCCAAAAAUUACAUUUUAAACAAGAUUCACUCAAAGCUACCAAACUCGUUUAGUGAACAGUAUGUGUAAGUGUUUGUACCAACGAAUGGGACGUUUCAACAGCACACUCAUCCACUUAUUAUGGCCUACUUCGUACAAACGGAGCAUGCGUGCAUGGAAGUACUGACCCGCGGUCAUCAGGUAUGUACCGAUAUCAAACGAAAACUCAAAUAAUAUAGAGAUAACUAGUGCCCCUGGAUAGGCCGGUGG